AUGGUGUCUUUGCGUGAAUAUGAAAUUUACUCACUCUUUCUUCUGCUGGUAAAGUUUCACGGGUCAGGGGGUGUGGGUGUGCAUUUCACCCAGGAACCUUCUAAUCCAAGCUACUUUAACAAUGGUAGUGAUGCCAACCUGGUGUGGGACUACACUGAUCCACAUAAUAACAUUCAGCACAUUAUCUAUAGUGUUCUGGUACAUGGUGCAUUUGUCAGAAUGAUGGUUAAUAGCAGUCAUGGUGUCCAAGAACAUCCUAAUAUUCCUCCAUCUUACAAAGGAAGAGUUAAAAUUGAAGGAAGAGCUACCCUGGUUAUCAAGAACAUCAACCCUGGAGACAAUACCAAAUUUAAAUGUGUUAUGUUUGGAAGCUUUGUAAGGACGAUUGAAAGUACAGUUCAGCUUAUUGUGGCAGAGGCACUACUUAUAAACAUCUCUUUAAGAGGAAAAUAUUACAUUGAAGGAUCCUCUGUCACCAUGGCCUGUGAAGCUUCUGGGAAACCAUUGCCAGAUGUAGCAUGGAUUAGAAAUGGAGUGCUGGAAAGUUCAGGGAGGAAAGCUACGUUUUUAAAGUUCGAUAAUAUAAACAGAAGGGAUGCAGGACAAUACACAUGUCGAGCCAAUAACUCAGUGGAAGUCACUUCUGUUGACACAUCAAUUGUAGUUCAGUACAAACCUGAAGGUGUGAGGCUCACCACUAAUGCUGCACAAAACACCGUCACUGAAGGAGACACUGUUACGUUCAAAUGCAUAGUUAUGGCUGCUGUGCCUCAAGUGUCAAUUUACAAGUUCUAUUUCAAUGGCAGCCUCCUAAGCAAUAACAGAAACAGUGACUUUAUUCUCAAUAACGUCAAUCGAUCUCAGCACUAUGGGGAGUACAAAUGUGUCCCACAUAAUGACGUUGGAGAUGGAGCAAAAGCCACUGUGAGACUUAACAUCGAGGUUCAAACAGUUUCAAGUACAGUUGCCACUUCAUCCCAAACAACUCCCGCAG